GUGGGACGUGUGGUCACAAUUAUUUUGCAGUGACAGCGGAAGAGAAGUACUCUUUCAGAGGAAACAACGUGCAACUCACACACCUGGGGGAUUUAAAAGCUUGCUCGUGAGAAAGAAAAUCAUCCAAGAUGUCAAAUUUGAAGUCGUCAUGUCUAAGAUGGGUAGUCGUGUUUGUGGCGUGUACGGUGGCCGCGAAUGGGAGUAUAACCAAAGACGAAGUUCCAGCGAAAGCGCCCGACAGUCAAGAAUUGAACAAAGUGAAGGGAUAUGAAUAUCUAAAGAAGUACGGUUAUUUGAGCAAGCGGCCAACGAAGGAUGACGCCAGCGGCAUGAUCCCACCAGACAAGGCCGUCAAAGCGAUCAAGAACCUGCAGAAAUUCGCCGGUCUGUCCGAGACGGGCGAGAUCGACGCGGACACGCUCGAGUUGAUCGAAAGACCGAGGUGCGGUGUAAAGGACCCGGUCAUCAGUAAUGACACCGUGGGAGUCAACGCGUCGGAGAGCGGGGAACGGAGGCGCCGCUACGUGGUGGCGGGUCCGCCCUACCAGUGGGACAAGAAUGACCUCACAUACAUGGUUGUGAACUAUCCUGGCCCGCCCUCUACGAUCACCGCAGACGAGGUGGACGCCGACGUCAGGCGGGCCUUCAAGCUGUGGAGUGACGCCACCCCGCUGACUUUCCGGUCGGUGGACGAUGAGAACGAGGCAGACAUCCGGCUGAUCUUCGGCAAGCGCUCCCACACCGACGUUGAGGGCGACCCCCCGUUCGAUGGACCAGGGGGCACGCUCGCGCAUGCGUUCUCGCCCAACAGCAACUGGGGCGCCACCGACGGCGACGCCCACUUCGACGAGGACGAGAUGUAUACGCACAAUAUGCCAACAGGCGUGAGUUUCUUCUACACCGCGGCCCAUGAGAUUGGCCACACCCUCGGCUUGGACCACUCCAAUGUGCCCAAUUCCUUGAUGUGGCCCUGGGGGCGGAGCUACACCAGCGAAUUCGUGCUGCCCCAGGACGACACCGAUGCCAUUCAGUCGAUAUACGGAGCCAAUCCUAAUCCACCGACCGUCCCGCCAACCUCACCCCCGCCUCCUCCUGUCUUCUGCACCGUCUCAUUCAGCUCCGUCGUACUCAUUCGCGGGCAGAUCUACGCUUUUUCCGAUGACAAACUUUGGCGCUUUGAUACCGACGGCAAUUUACUGUCUGAGCCCGAGGGUGAGCUAUCCCGCACGUACUUCCCCAAGCUUCCCCGGAGUGUAUCGGCUGGUUACGAGAGAUGGUUCGACGGCAAAAUAUACUUCUUCAAAGGACGUAAUUACUGGGUGUACAAGUCUGCCCGUGCUUCACCCCCACUCUUCAAGAUGUAUGACGUGGACUCAACAAACCUGCCGAGCGAGCCGGACUACCCCCGCCUGGCCGAGGAGCUAAAUCUCCCCAAGAAGGUCUCGGCCGCUCUGCACGUGGCCGACGAGGGCCGGACUUACAUCUUCAAGGCCAAGAAAGCGUUGAUCGUUGACGAGUUUGAAGGCAAUAUGGAGGAGAUGAAGACCCAUCUGGCAUUCCCCGGCGGGCAGUGGUUCCCGACUGGAGCUUUCUACAAUGACGGCUACGCAUACCUCAUAUACAGCCACGGACAAGGAGCCGACUACUUCCGUUUCAAGUGGGACCAGACUAAGAAGACCUUCGCAGGCAUGCCGGGAUACCCACGUGACCUGUACAAGGAACUCCUGCACUGCCCUUAAAACUAGGGGGAUCUGCCAGAUCCGUCACAACCGAACUGUAUUGCAAGAGUUGUAAUAAGUGUUGUAAUAGUGUUGCCUGUGCCCAGCAUUUUUAAAUGGCGACAGAAUCGAGGUCGGAGGGAUUAGGGAGAUCCCAUGAUAAUUCCUUAAUCCGCUAAUCCCCUGUUGGACUUGAGAAGAACCUGUAGAUCUUUGGUUUCAUUUAAGUUUCAUCACUAGAGGAGAGAAUUGAUGAACAUGUGAUCAUCUAUAAAACCUUAGCCAAAUCUUUCUUUACCAUAUCAAAUGAUGCGAGUCUUAAAACAGUAGGAAAACAGAUCAAGGGAACUGUAUACAUGAUUGUGACAUUUAAUUUUUUUGAAAAGGGUACUUGCACAUCAGUUGUGAAACAUGAUUGUGACAUUUAACUGUGACCAAUGAAUAAGGAACGAAAUGUUUCAAAAAGCGGGACCUUUGUGCUCCCUAAAGUGGUGACGAUAAAAAAAAAUUAGAAACGUCCCGUAUGUCAUACAACGGCUGAACCCUCACAACCUUCAUUAUUGGCUCAUUAAUUGAUUUUUUGGAGAUUUUAGGCGAGUUGGAAACUACAGGCGCAUAAAUACAGCAAGCGUCGACUCUCAGAAAAAAAAGUUGUAUCUCGUUAUCUACUAUAUUCAUGAAAAAUUACAUCAUUGAUACCAAAUCAAUUCAUGUACUGUAAAAGAAAAAUGAUGUGGAUUUUUGUUUACACUUUUCAUUUAAAUAUGUAAAUAGCUACGUGUUUUUUUCUACAGGUGUUCUUUUUUACAUAAUUUGUAGUACAGUUUUCUGUAUUGUAUUUAUUAUUUAUAUUUAUUACUAAAAGUAAUAAAGCCGAUGUUUUCAUAUUUCAGUAAUAUUAA